CGCCGACGUUGCGUUUGUAUGAACAGACUAUUCUGCGAUGAUUUGGCUGAUGAAGUUUUCUAUAUUUCCUUGCGUCUCAAUUUUGGGUCUGCAUUCACGUGCUGCAGAAGGUUCAAUCUGUAAGAGUUUAGGUCUUAAUGUGUUUCUGGUGUACAUGACCUUAGAUUCAGUUGCUUUUUGAGGGUCAUAGAUGCUGUCAGUUUUGGUGAGAAGAGGCGAGUUAUCUGAAUUGUUUGCUGACAUAGCUGAAGAAGGCAAGCUGGUCUUUGGACCUGUCUUAUAAUGGCUUCUGCGAAGGAGGCCGGACAAGACGAACUAGCUGCAUCUCUCAAUGAUCUUUUUACUAGUGUCUCUACCAUGAUCAAAGGCGAGCUACAGGGAACAAAUAAUAUACUCGAGCUUUUGGAGAACAUGAAUCUAAGGGUAGCAGAAGAAUACAAAGGAUUUGGUGAUGUGGCUUCAGGAUUAAGAGUUUUCGUGGAGCAACUGAAGUUGAAAAGCAGUACCUUUGAUGACUAUGUUCAACAGCUUGAUGCCAUAGAGCAGCAAGUUACAGAGUUCGAAGCUGUAGUUUCUAUGCUUGAUAAAUAUGUUUCUCUGUUAGAAUCAAAAGUGCAAUCUGUUUACCAGAUUCCACCUGCAUAAUCUCAGCUAUGGUCAUUUGCUCGUGUGAAUAGGUUUCAUUUGCUCUAUAUAGACAUUACUUUUUUGCACAAUUUGCUCUCUAAAGAUCUCCUGUACAAUAUAGUAUCAGAGGAGGCGCUCUUGAUUCCACAGAUGAAAGGGAAGAAGCAGGAAAAAUAUCGGCUUGAUGCAUGUACUGCAGGUGGGGAACAUUGACAGAACUAACAUGCGAAUUGUUAAUUGAAAGGAUUAAAAGAAGUUAGUAGUUUCAUGAGCAUUUGUAUGUUUUAGGGGCUAAACCAUUAGGUGCAAUAUUGAGAUAAAUGUUAUAUGUA